CCGUUUUUGGCUUUUUGAAUGUUUGUUAUUUGACUUUAACUUGAAAGGGGUGUUUCACUCAGAUCUCAUCUCUUAGGUCCACAGAGUAAUACCAGGUGGUGUAGCAGCACAGGAAGGCUCUAUCUUUGAAGGUGCUCAGGUGCUGUCAGUCAAUGGCACUGCCCUGCAGAACUCCGCCCACUGGCAGGCUCUGUGUACAUUGAGAAAAGCAAGAGGGCAGGGCAUGGCGGUAGUUGUUCUUCAGAGCGGUAACAGCAGAAAGGAAGCCACUGAAAGACCAGGAAUCACAGGCAGCAGAGUCCGUGUGAUUCUGAACAAGUCCAGCUCUGAUCUUGGCUUUAGUCUGGAAGGAGGGGUGGGAUCCAGCUCGGGAGACAAACCCCUCACUGUACAAAAAAUAUUCCGUGGUGGACCAGUCAAUGAAGUGUUUCCUGGGGAUGAGUUGUUGGAGGUGCAAGGUCAGAGUUUGGUGGGUAUGAUGCGUCUUGAGGCUUGGAGCCACAUAAAGAAACUGCCCCCUGGUCCAGUGGAGGUCUUACUGCACCGUCCUCAGCAACCACGUUGAAGACCUCUACUUU